GGCAGGGACGGCGCGGCGCGGCGCGGGUGGCAGGUAGCGCUGCCGGCGGAGCGGGCCGGGCUGGGCUGGGCCGGGCCGGUCCGUUCGGCGCGGCCAUGGGGAAGGUGCAGCUGUUCGAGAUCCGCCUGGGUGAGAGCCGCGUCGUCUACAGCCCCGGAGAGCCGCUGGCCGGCACCGUCACCGUGCGCCUCUCGGGCUCGCUGCAGUACCGAGCCAUCAAGGUGAGCUGCGUUGGAUCCUGUGGGGUGUCUAACAAGAUCAAUGACACAGCAUGGACCGUGGAGGAGCAGUACUUUAACAGCACGCUGUCUCUGGCAGACAAAGGGGUCCUGACAGCUGGAGAGCACAACUUUCCCUUCCAGUUCCUGCUGCCAGCCUCUGCUCCUACAUCGUUUGAAGGCCCUUUUGGCAAGGUCCUCCAUCAGGUGAAAGCUGUGAUAGACACACCUCGCUUCUCCAAGGACUACAAGUGCAACAAGAUCUUCUACGUUCUCUGCCCUCUCAACUUGAACGACAUCCCUGAAAUCGAGCAACCCAACACUAUGUCAAUCACCAAGAAGUUCAACUACAAGCUUGUGAAAAGUGGCAACAUUAUCUUGACCGCCACCUCGGAUCUGAAAGGGUACAUCGUGGGGCAAGCAAUCCAGCUCCGCACGGACAUAGAGAACAAAUCGGGCCGGGACACCGGGGCUGUGGUAGCCAGUCUGCUCCAGAAAGUGGCUUAUAAAUCCAAGCGCUGGAUUUACGACCUGAGGACCAUCGCGGAGGUGGAAGGCUCAGGAGUGAAAGCCUGGAAACAUGCAGAAUGGAAGGAGCAGAUCCUUGUUCCAGCACUGCCCCAGUCCAUUCUGCAGGGCUGUAGCCUCAUACAUAUCGACUACUACAUCCAAGUUUCCAUCAAGUCGCCAGAGGUUUCGGUUACUCUCCCCAUUUAUAUUGGGAACAUUGCUGUGAACAGGGUCCCUCUGAGCCCCUCCCGGUCCAUCCAGCACAUACCAUCUGUAGUGGUACCCAGUGCCCCCCCAGAGGAAGAGGAGGCUGCCAGUGGUUAUCACCCGAUGGACAAUGUCUCGAUCCCCACCAAAAGCCAUUCCCAGCAGCAGCCAUUUAGCUACGCCCCAGGACUGAGCUUCCAGGAGAUCAGGGUGGACUCGGAGCAGACGGGCUCCCCAAACCAUCCCACGCUUUGCCUGUCAACGGGAGCCACUGUCCCUUACUACGCCGAGGGGAAUGUGGUGCCCGUCCCCACGGCCAGCUCUCUCAUUCUGCCUCCGGAGUACAGCACGUGGGGCUACCCAUACGAGGCGCCUCCAUCCUAUGAGCAGAGCUGCAGCAGUGCCAACUCCAGCAUCAGCAACGGCAACUAGCCUCCCCUGCUUCGAGUCCCGCUGGCGCUGCCCACCCCCGGGCGCCACGGUUCACCAACCUACCUACUGCAAAGUCUGGUACAGCGCAAGGCGUCUCUUUAUCUCUCUGGCUGCUUGAUGGGGUAAAUGGCACAUCCCAGCCUGGGCUUUUGAAGUCUCUUUCUAGGGAGGGGGAAAAAAAACCAAAAAGGGCAGCCAGAGCAGCCUGUGUGUGUGUGCGUAGGAGAGGUCUGGGAAACUGAACCGUCUCCUGCUGCUGCACCAAGUGCUGGAGAACUGGUUUUGCCCCAGGGAUGCCCUCUGCAGCAGCCUGUGUUUAAAGUACUGUAGUAAAAACUAACUGCUUUACUGUCAAAGCACCUGCGAUGCCUUAUCUGAAAUGCUCCUGACUUGGCAUGUGUCUGCUGUAGGUGAAGGCUGGGCUGUGUGGACUCUCUUUUCUUUUUUGUGGGCCGUGCGUUCUCCAGAAAUGGUUUUGACAGCCCUUCCUCCUUGUCCUCAUAGGUCCUAAGGGUAGCUGGAAUAAGAGGUUUCUUGGAGUAAGCAGGUUCGGAAGGUCAGGGACUCUUAAAAAGCCAAAAGCACAAGCCCUCGCUAUACCUGUGUUGUGGGGUGAGUGACCGGCAGCCUUUGGUCCUCUCGCAGCAGGCUGCACUGCUGUCUGCCUGUGGUGAGAGGAGAGCAGGCUCUGGCAGCGGGGAGCUCGCUGGGGCGCUUGCUCAUAACCCAAGAGACCCUGGUGAGCUGUGGAGGGAGAGCCCGGUGUUACCGUGGGGUGCCCACCAGCCAGCUUCUGGCCUUUUUCAGCAAGGGUGACUUUUCUCUGAACAGCCCUGUAGGAAAGUCCAGCCUUGCUCGCUGCUCCACCGCAGCGCUGGUCAGUCUGCAAGCGAGGGGGACCCGAUCCCCCGUGUCCCAUCUCCCACCCUUCAGGGUCCCCUCUCCAUCCCAGCUGCCACUGCCUUCGGCAGGCCAGAAUUGCAUGACAAUCAAGUUACAAAAGUUUGUCCGAUGCUACCUCUGAGUCUGCCCAAGGGCCCUGUCCGUGGAAGCCCUUCCCUCCGGGACAACCCUCCCUCGAGGCUCAGCCCGGUGUCUCUCGCAGGAGCGGUCCACGCUGCCAAGCCAGCGUGCGAUGUGUGAUGGCGCUUGGCCUGGGGGCUGUUCUCUCUGCGAGCUGGUACUGGUUUACUGCUCGUCUCCUGAGCCAAGCCACGGCAGGUUGUGAAAAUGAGUGAGUGGGAGCACGAACGCUACGCCUCAUUUGCAGCCUCCGCUGGACCUGGCAGGUCGAGGGAAGAAGCUGGUGGAUGUAAAACCAACAUUUUUAUUUUCUGCUUUUUUUUUUUUUUUUUUUUCCCUUGUUUAGCUGUUUUAGUAUUGACUGCCCAAGCUGAGGAAACCACAAACCAGAUACUUAAGAGCUGCAGGCAUCCAGCCACGGCUGAAAUAGUGGACUGCAGACCUUUGGCACCUCUGAGAAUUGGUCUCCAUGCUGCCUCACGCUGGGUGGGCAAUAUCUAACAAACCUGUUAGGAGCACUGCAGCCUCUGCCUCCUCAUUUUAGCCUGGCUCUGCACACCCCUGGCAGGCAGCUGGGGACAAGCCCUGCUUUGCACUCUUUCUUUGCAAAUACAUUUUAUUUUAUUUUUUUUAAGUGUUGAACUGCUUUAAGGAUAGUGUAGAGAAGGUGCCGUUCUGAGCAGUGCUGGCACAACAUGCACCGAUGUUGAUAGAAUGAUUGUUAUUGUCCCUGAAUAUAUAUAUAUAUAUGAGAUGAAGUUUUGUUUUUAAUGAUUGAAUUCAUAAAUACAAAUUUUAAUGCUGUAUUUAAUAAAUUAUUCUAAGAGAAAUGCUGUGCUUUUUCAUCCAUUUCUGAUGCUUAUCCAUGUGCCUGUUCAUGCCAAAUCCAGGAAUGCACCUUGCUGAUUUCUUACAAAAUGAAGCAAGUUUUUUUGCUCUCACCGUGAAGGUGACUUCUGCCAGGACGGCUCUGGGAACACAAGCGUGGUGCAGCCCGACCACGGUGCUGGGCUGUAGUUCCAGGUGGCUGGAUGGAGUUUGGCACCACGUGGGCUCGGUUCCGGAGAGAGCACCCACUGCACUGCUGCUUCCCUGUGUCCCGAAGCCGUGGUUUGGUCUCAGGCAGUGCUCUGUGCUGUCCAGUUUCAGGUCGGAAAGGAGGAGGUAGGCUGGUGGGGAGGAAGGGGAGAGUGGACUCUCCCUUCAGGAGCGUGGAGAUGGAACAGCCAGGGGCUGGAGGCCACCAGCCCAUGCCCUCUGUUAAAGAGCUGUUUGGAAGAAACUUAUUGAGAAGGGAAGACGGCUCCUCCCCACACCCACAGUUCGGUGAUGCCAUGUCUGAAGCAUGCAGGUGUUGCCUAGAUGUUGUCCCUGCAAGUAGCCUGAGGCGUGUCUCAGACACGAGGAUCCUUCUUCACCCUCUGCUCAACUUAUGCUUCUGCCCGGCUUUUAUUGUUUAGGACUCUCCCCUUUGCCUGGUGGCCUGUGCCUGCCGUGAAAAGCAUUCUUGAUACGCAGGGGGUCAAAGGCAGGUGCUUGUUCAUUCUUAAUGGUACAUCUCUUCCCUGGUGCUCUUCAUCUUCCUCUUCCUCCCUGUUAGUUGAACCUGCUUUGCCCAGCUCAGCUUGUAGCUCCUGUGGCCUCUGCUGUUGGCAGUAUGUAUCCCUCCUUUCCCUCAACCCAAAUCCCUUCCACGCCUCUGAAAAAAUUCCUGUGAGCUGUCAGUGCUUCUGGCCAUGCUGGGUUGGGGUACAGGUUCCUGACCCAGCUGGGGUCUGGAGGUCUGGGUCUGGGUUCCUGGUUCCUUGUUGUCCAGCCCAUGUUCUUUGGCUGGAAAACUCAAAUGCUGUUCGGUUACUGUGGCUGGAGCCCCUGGGGUGCCCUUCUAGACCCCCAGCCAGUGUCUGCCCUCCUCCUUUAACCUUUGGAGUUGGGAAUGCACCGUUCAUGGUGGAGACUGUGGAGGGGAGGGACAGCUGUAUCUCACACAGCUCCUGUGUUGUGCCUUGCUUCUCUGCAGCGCUCCCGUGCACCUGAGCUUGCUCUCCCAAAUUCUAUUUGCUGCAGACUGGUUCUUCAGCACCUCUUGCUGUACGUGGAGUCCCCUUUGCAAAGCAGGGAGCACGUGGGCACGCUCUUCUUCGCUGGUGAGGAGUGUCCAUCUCCACUGCCUGCUGUGGAGUGAGCAGGGAGGAGUUGGAGCUAGACCUCGUGGUCCUUGUUCUUUUGGACGCUCGGGUUGAGCACGCACAGCUCCUGCAGGGAGAGGCCUCUCAGGGCAUGGAGGUGGCUGUGGCCAGGAUGCAGCAGGGUAUCACCCUAAGCUUGUCUUGGAACAACCUCGCUCUUGUGCAAGCGGACAGAAAUAACUGGCAAAGCGCUGUGGUUUUCGACGUUCCUGCCCAGCUGUGCCUGUCCCCCAGCGCUGCGGCAGGGAAUCGAAGCCUGACACGAAGAGCCUUGUUCACGUUUCAUGGACCCCUUUGAAAUGGUCCAGGACUGCAGGAUGGAGGAGUUGGUCCAGCUCUUCUUAAACCUACCCGCAGCUGUGGCCCCAGGGCGCUGUGGCAGCAAGGUCCUCGGGGUAUACGUGGGUGAGCACGGUGGGGCUAAACCCAUGUUUGGGUGCGAGUAUGUCCCCUCUGGAGAGGGUGAGGGGACAAUCCCUCUGUCCUCUGCCUCGCUGCUGUCUCUCUUCUCUGCAGCCCCUCUGGCUUCAACCUCUUGAAGUCCUUGGAAGUUCCUGUAGGCCCUGGGUCAUCCCUAUCCCCUCUUUCUGAACUCUGGAAUGAAGAGGAAAAAAAGUCGAUUUUUUCCAAAUCCAGCUCUGGGUUAAAAACUUCAGCGCACAGCAAUUCAUUCAAAUUCCUGGCUCAAUUUUUUUAAGUCAUUGUUUUUCGGUUUUGUUAGAAAUGGGAAGGGAAGUGGGGGGGUGCAAGUGAAGCUUGUGAGCUAAUUGUUUCCAAACUUGGCAUUUGAUGCAAAACACCAAAAAUAUCAUCUGGGGUUUUUUUUCGCUGCUGCUGCUGCUUUUUUAUCCUUCAUGGUUUUGUUCUUGUCCCGCUCUCCACAUGUGCCGCCUCCAUAUUUUUGGCUUUUUCAGUGUUGUUUGUGUCCUACUAAACUCCGCUUUGGCACCUGUCGUCCCACUGCCAGGAGAUGGGGAAAGGGGAGACAGGGGCUGUGAAGGCUCUUCUUUUUGUUGGACAAUGAUUCUUUUUUUACCUUUCCACUGAACUUUAAGUAGUUUUGUAAAAGUAAAUAUUUUCUGCUAGGAAGUUUUCCUGUGGAGCCAGCACAAGAGAGGAGAUAAAGGGUUUUCUGGGGUCCAUUUGGGUUUUAUUCUGUAUUUUAAAAUAUUUCCAGCUAUCUGCAACAGGAAUGUCCCAUCCCUCCUCCCCAAGAGAGACUGGUGGGGUAAAACCCUCAACACUUGUGCCCUUUCUUGUACCAAUACUCGUGGCUGUAAUUCUUUAUUCCUGUGGUUCUCUUUACAGAUUUUGGCGUUUUAUACAACAAUAUUUGUGAUGGCUCUGUACAACCUAAGACUUCUGUGUCAAUUUAUUAUUGGGUUUUAAAACGUAAACUAGCCGUUUUACAUGUUUACCACGGCUUCUGGGGAAUAUUUUUGUCCCAGGUUUUAAACCACCAAAUGUAAAGAACUGAAAAAUGUAAAUAAAGAGCUCCUUUUUUAA